CAAAGCAAAAUUCGCAGAGUCAAGCUCCCAGGACAGGCAUCCAGACCAACUCUUGGGCGAGCGUCAAGGCGGGAUCCGAAGCCAGGAACAGAGCCAGGGUGAAACCUGGUACCAGGACGAGAAAAAAAAAGAAAGAAUAGGCUUCCGGGCAAGCACCGGACGAGAUCGCCGCCGUCGCAAGCUGGUUUGGUUUAGUCCAGACAGGUGGCGCCGCGGAAGACGACGAGACGUGCUUUGUACAGCAAUCAAACUGCAGCCAGACGCACACCUGUCCAUCGGCAGACGAAUCCACGAUAACGCCGCCGACCAGGAGCUGCGAGACCCCGACCCGUCUCAGGAUAGGAACGAGAACAUCGAAGCGUCAUAAUGGCGGGCAAGAAGGGGCAAGACAACAGCAAAAAGGCCGCGGGUAACGCGCGCAAGGCGGAAAGCGCCGCGAAGAAGAGUGCAGCUGCAGACGCCGAGCGUGAGACGGCGGAGGGCGAGAAGUGGCAGCAAGGAGCCAAGAAUAACUCUAAAAAGGAAGCAGAAGCCGCUAAGAAGGCCGAGGCCGCGCAAAAGAAGGCUGAAAAGGAGGCUUUGAUGAAGGAGGAGGAAGCUAGUCUAAAUGCCCGUGCAGAGCCCAAGAAAUCUAAGACGGCUGUCAAGAAAUCUCGGGGUCUGGACCUCUCGCAGCUGGAUGACGACAAACUUGGCGCUAUUAGUGCCUCGGGUAUCGACAACGCGCUCGAUGCCCUCUCCCUUACGGCUGGUGGGGACGAUUCUAAGAUUGACCAACACCCGGAGAGGCGAUUCGCUGCCGCAUAUCACCGAUACGAGGAGCGAAGGCUCGCCGAGAUGAAGGCGGACGGCAGUGGCACUGGGCUUCGACUGGAGCAACGCAAGCAGAGGAUUAGAAAGGAAUUCGACAAGAGCCCCGAAAACCCUUUCAACCAGGUUACUGCUUCAUACAACGCCUCUCGGGACGACAUCAAGGACAUCAAAGCCCAAGAACUUGGCAAGAUCGAGAAGAGACUGGGCCACUAGAGACUGUUAUGAUGUAACUGGAGCUCACAUGAAAAAGUUUACGACAUUCACCCGGUUGGUUAUACUGCCUUGUAUAGAAUAGGUUUGCAAAAAGUUGAUCGGAUAUCGGAGACCAAAAAGGCCUGAGAAACAAGCCCAAUUGAUUAUAUUCCGC